AAAAAAGAGGUGAGAUCUUGCUCGUGAAAGCAUCUUCGCCGUCAGAAAAUCAUCGACCAAGUUCUCCGUGUCCUUGCUCCAACCUCAAAGUUCAAAAUAAUGAAAUACUUCUCCUAAAGUAGGUUUUUAGUUUGGCAACCUAAAAUGCUUUUUGAUCCAGAAAAAAGAAGUAAAAAACUGAUCCUGGCUUCACUUCAGCCCUGAUUCCCGGAGGAGAGCGUUGCUUAGUGAUAGUUAAUUUGGCGCAGCCAACGCCCGCCGUCGACCAAUUUCAACCUUCGGAGCCUUCAAUCUCUAGCCGAACUGACUUAAAUCAUACAGCUCAAGGAAGUGCACUGAUUAUGGAUUCACAGGGCCAGACAACUUCUUUACAGCGACUUCAAAAUGUGGAGAAGAGAAUUGUCAAGGUUUUGGAGCUUGCAGGAGGUGUCAUGGAUGAGCUUUCGAGCCCUGCUGGUCCUAGGAAAGAAGUUGUCCAAAACCACUGUCUCGAUUUCAUGCAAUUAAUUAAGGACAUCCAAAUGGCAUUACGUGAUGAAAUCAAAAGUGCUUGCGAGUAUCGUCCAUUUGAGAAUUGCGACUAUGGUUCAAGAAUAGGCAGCGAGAUUUGUUUCAAGAAACUUGAAUUUGUAAUGUCCCAGCUGGACGGAAUGAAACAGACAAUGGAUAAAUAUCAUGCAGCAGUCUGAAAACGAUGGGGCUUCAUUACCCCUGACUUGACCCACAAUCCUUCCGAUGAAGACUCACUCGUUAUGUUUUGGAUUGAGAAAAAUGGGACAGGGUGAAAAGAAAAGAAAUGCUUUAUUCAAAUCUACAUCAAAGAAACUGUCUAAAUCAAACAUUUUUUUUCACCUCCCCAUUCUUCCAUUCUCCUCAAUCCAAACAUACCCUUAAAGAUAUUGGGAUUUAAUUAAUUUGAAUUGAAUAUUCAUGAUUUUGUUGCUUGGCUGUGGCUGUGGCUGUGGCACGUCAAGUUGUUACUUUUGGGCGGGGUAUUUCUUUCUUUCUUUUUUUGAUAAAUAAAUGGGUGGGGUAUUUCUUGGCCGUGUUGUAUUUGAAAGCCCAAUUUACUGUGUACGCUAUCAAAUUUUAGCAAACUCUAUUCUUCUUU